AUGCCUCGCCGCAGCGGUACCUCAUCGCUGUCGACCGAUGGCACGACAGGUACCGCAACCACGACCAAAUUACCAGACAAGGUGCAAUGGCCGUCCACAUUUACAGAUGGUCUACCGUUACCCAAGAUCAUGGUUUUUGACCUCGAUUACACGCUCUGGCCAUUCUGGGUAGACACACACGUUACAGGGCCAGUCAAGGCGGUAGAAGGAGGCUUGAAGGUCAAAGACAGAUAUGGCGAGGGCUACGGCUUUUACGCUGAUGUUGGAGGAAUUCUGGAAGCACUCAAAUCCAAAUCCAUCCUCAUCGCUGCCGCAUCACGAACAUCCGCCCCAGAUCUUGGUCGCGAACUGCUCAAACUCCUCAAGAUACCGAACUCCAUUGGCUCAUCAGGCCGCGCAAUAGAUUACUUUGACCACUUGCAGAUAUAUCCUGGGAGUAAAACGACGCACUUCACGCGCAUACAUAGGGACAGUGGCAUCGAGUACGACGAGAUGUUGUUCUUCGAUGAUGAGAGUCGGAAUAAGAAUGUGGAGACUCUUGGUGUCACGAUGUGGUUGGUCAAAGAUGGAGUUACGAGGAAGGAGAUUGACGAUGGUGUGAGGAGUUGGAGGACAAGGACGGGACGGACGAAAGCGUAG